AUGUCGCUGCUGAUGUUCGAGGACGGCGGGGCGUGGUGGAGUGAGCUGAAGCCGGGCCAGACGAUCGGCGAACAGUACUGCGGUGACGCGGACAUCGUCAAGACGUACCCGCUGCCAGACGAUGGCUCGAAGCCCUCCUGGCUGGGUAGGAAGUUCUAUCGGUUUCGAGUGUACCCAAGCCGCGAGGAGUUCGUGGACAUGAUCAAGCGUGGGUAUCGGGCAGCGGUGGCUUACGACCCUGGCUCUGGGGUGGCGCCUCCUGUGCUGGACGACGUGCUUUUGCCGACGGGCGAGAUGGUGCCGAUCGGCGAGCUGAUCCCGCACUGGCCUGCGCCAGCUCGCCGAGUUGCGCUGCGCGGCCAGGCCUUUGUCGCGGCUGGCGACCACGAUGCGCUGGUGCUGGACGGGUCCUCCGACGCCCACUGCUGGCUGAUGCGGCCGGAGGCGGUGCCCGAUGUGGUGGCCAAGGGGCGUGCACGCUGGCAGCCUGGAAACGGCGCGGCCACGGGCGCCUGCAGGCCCUCGGAUGGCUCGCUGCGGGGCGCGCUGGGCUUUGAGGCCGACGGCGCGGCCGCUCCCAGGGGCGCAGAUCCCGCCGCCGACGUUCGCACGCUCUGGGUCGAGCAUGACAGCCAGGGAGAGAGAUUCAAGUGCUGGCGGGACGUGACCCGCGAGAGUACUCAGGGGACUUUCUCGGGCACGCCUCUGGAGGGCCCUGGCGCCGCCCUGUUCUUGGCAAAGCAUUUCGACCGCCACGGCGGCGACCCUCGCCAGUGGCUCCUCACGUGGCUGAGGGAACGCAAGAUAGAUGGGUCGGAUCGGACUCACCAUGAGAUGAUGGUGCUGCGCGACGCUCUUUACGUUGCAGGAGUUUACGAUCAAUUGAAUGUUGGAGCCCUCGCAUCAGUCGAGACCUUGUGCCGUCGUAUCCAGAUAAUCAUCGAUGCGUACGCUAACCCUCAGAAGGUCACCUGGGGGCACGCCAAGCUGUACAUGGGUGCUGGCACGCCCGAGAACCCCGCAAGCCCGGCCCUCCAGUCGUUUGCUGCGCGGCGGGCCAAGGAUCGGGCUGACGCGGUCGCGGAGCACGCGGAGGUCGCGGCGGCGGGGGGCGCGACGGCGGCGGCCGAGGCCGGUGGCCGUCCUCGGAGGGACUUCUUCCCCCUGCCUGUUCCUGCCAUGCCUGCAGGCCCUGCCACUUCGACUCGUUCGGCAAAGAAGGCUUGGGGCCGUGCUAGGCGGCGCGCAAAGAUGGUGCAGGGGGCGGUCCACGGACUGAACUGGCUUGCUGGCUACGACACUUGGGGCCCUUCUCAGGAGCCUGCGACAACUGGAGUUUUGACGCCCGAGGUGAUGGCCCGCGCGGAAGGCCUGGUCAAGGACUGGGAGCCCAUGCCUGAGGCCCUCUCGGGGCGGGAGGCCCUCCGAGACCUCCUGCGCGGCCAGUCCCUGUACGAGCUGGGGACUGGCUCCGCGAACCUCGCUGCCUUCGACGCCGACCUGGUGUCCCUGCCGAGCGACGUGUCGGGGUCCCCUCCGAUUGAGUCGCUGCUGGACGCCGAGGUCUCUCGCUAUUUGGAGGACUAUCAUGAGCUGAUGCUGCGACCCGUGACUGACUUGGAGAGUAUCGAAUCCGAGACACGUGAGAUCACACCCUAUACCGAUAGAAAGCUGCUUUACACUAAGAAGGCCUACCACGGCUUCGUCAGACGGCUCUGGGGUCUUGGAAUGCUGGAUGCAACCCUCAGGCCCAUGGAGAGGAUCGGGAUCUUCUUCGUCUGGAAGAGCAACAGGACACGUCUCAGGCUGAUCAUCGACGCUCGGAGAAGCAACUGUUGGUUCCGUGUCCCGCCAGGCGUCCGCUCGUGCACUUCGGGGGCCUUCGCGAACGUCGAGAUUGGCGAUGGCGUCUUAGCGGGCCUGGAGGGUAUCAGACUGCACCUCGGCAUGGCUGACGCGAAGGUGCCCGCGCGGGUGCUGGGGCUGCGCGGGCUGCGCGGAGUGCAGCUCAAGCCCGCCGACGCAGCGUGGCCCACCUCCGCCUCCAUGUGGACGGGGUUUGCUUGGUCGCUGUACUUCCCGGAAGGCUGGCGAGCGGCUGGCGGCCGCGGCGCCCAGCUUGCACGUGUCGGCGCUGCUGCGCGACAGGUCGCCCCCCCUGGUGCUGGCCGAGGGCCGCCCCGCCGCUGCGUGCACGUGGACAACCUGGGCGCCUUCGCCCGGGGCCGGGGCCUGGCCCAGAGCGCGGUCCGCGAGUGGGAGGCGAGCUUCGCUGCCCACGGGCUGGAGCUCCACGGCGGAGAGGUGGCGAGCAGGGACAUCCGCGCCUUCGGCUGCCGGCUUGACGGCCAGCGGCUGCGGCGGUCGCGGCGGCGGCUGUCGAAUCACCUGGGAGCGGUGCUGGGUUUCGAGAAGGAGGGCCUGAGCUUGCUGGAGGACAAGGCAGUGACGGCCAACAUGCGGCGCUACUACUCGAGCCACCUCCAGGACUUCGAGACGUUCGCAAAGGGGCUCGACCCAACGCUCGCGGGCGACGACGACGUGGACGGCUGGCUCGCGAAGCUCUUCAAUGCGAGCUUCCUCCCUGGCCGGCAACCGGACUAUGGGGAGAAAAUGCUGGCAGCCUUUGCCGACCGCCACCCGGCCUUCAGCAAGGCUGGCAGGCGGCGGCCCCCCCGGGCCUGGCGCUGCCUGCGGGGCUGGCACCGCCUUGCGCCUGGCCGCUCCAGGCGUCCUCUGCCUCAGGCGGUGUGGAAGGCGAUCGCCGCCGACCUCUGCCUGCGGGGGCGCAAGUUGAUGGCCGCGUCCGCCCUCCUGGGCGUGGGGCCUUACUUGCGGCCCCACGAGCUGAUGAAGAUUCAACCCGAGGACCUGCCCCCCCCCGCGCGGGGUGCAUCGGGGCACUGGUCUCUCGUCAUCUGCCCGCAGAACAGGGGCAUCACCACCAAGACGGGGGCGAUGGACGGCAGCGUGGCGCUGGACUGCAAGUGGCAGCUGGAGCCGACGCCGCUAUGGUCUGCGCUGGCGGGGGCUCCCAAGGACAAGCCCGUCUGGACGUUCACGUACCCAGAGCUGGCAAGAAAGUUCAAGGAGACGCGCAGCCAGCUCGGCGUCCCAGCGGUGCCCGACAUGAUGCGGCACAGCGGCCCCAGCAUCGACGGGGCCCUGCAGCUCCGCCCCCUCGACGAGGUGCGCAAGAGGGGGCGCUGGGCAAACCGCAAGUCGGUCGUUCGGUACGAGACGGCGGCGAGGCUGAGCAAGGCCUGGCACGACCUUCCCUUGGCGACCCGGACGCGCUGCGAGGCGCUUGACGCGCGCUUCGAGGAGCUGCUGCUGCGAGGUGCCAGCCGCGCGGCUGGCGGCACGGAGCGGCGUUGA